CAUUGCUUGCUUGCUGCUCCUGCUGCUGCUGUUUCUUUGGUGCAUGCAUUAAUUACUCAUAUUAUUUCCAUGUUCCAUUCCUGUUCCAUCCUUUCAUCCUUCCAUCACUAAGCCAAAUCUAAUCUCCCUCGCCUCCCGUGCACGGCAUUUGCUCCCACUCCCACUCCUUCCGCGACUUUUCUGUCCUUCCUUUCAUUCAACUCUUCCAGCACUGGGUUACGCCCACAUGCAAACAACCACCCUUUCGCCAUGAGUCAGGAGUAUUUCCCCGGCCAAGGCGCCUCUUCUUCCUCUUCUUCCGCCGGAUCCUCCUCCAGCCAGCAGCAACCGUCGCCCGAGGACUCCUCCGCCAUGAGCAGUACCCCCUCGUCCUUCCCCAGACCCCCGCCCGCGUAUAUGACCGUCGGAAAUGGUUCGACCUCCGAGAGCGCAACGGCCCUGAUGGCCUCGCUGCAUGAGGAUUCCGGGUACGGUGGCAGCAUUCCCAGUGGGAGCGUGGUCGAUGGUGAUGCUGGAGCUGCGGUUGGUGGCGGAUGGCGAGCGGAUCUGAUGGUCGAUAGCCCGACUCCCAUGCAUGCGCCCUCCCAUCUUGGAGCAUGGAACCCAGCAGCUGAGCACGAGCGCCAGGUCGUCGCGAGCCAUGUGCACCAGUUACUCUAUAACUCGAACCGGACCAAGCUCGGACGCGCUAUUACGCGCACUAUCGAUACGUUGAAGGAACUCCAGGAUAUGAAUCGGCAAUGGCCCGCCCAUUAUCCCUCCGUCCAGAAUGACCUCGAGUCCCCCGACGACAAACCCACCCUGCACAAGGCCCAGUCCUUCUUCGGAGAUGAAGCUCUGGACUCGAUCCCCCGUCCCGGCCAGAUGCGGCGCGCCGCUACAAUGACCGCCGGCGAGGAUCUGGCGGAGUCGAGUGCAGCAGCGCAGCGUCGCGUCCCCACGGAGCCCCGGCUGAUGAGCCCGCAGAUUGCGCAGGAGUUCUCGAUUCUCAAACUCGACUUGAAGCUGGGAGCCCUGUCGCAAGCCGAGUUGGUUCACUCCUUGGAGAAGGCAUCGAUCGCGUCGCUGUUGGAUGGGAAGAUCAGCCAGAGCGUCAAGCAUCUGCUCUCGUUGCGAGAUCGGAUUGAGGAUACUUCUAGCAAGGUUCUGAUUACCGGUGAUCUGAAUGCCGGAAAGUCGACCUUCUGUAAUGCACUGUUGCGCCGCAAGGUUCUGCCCGAGGAUCAGCAGCCAUGCACCAGCAUCUUCUGCGAGGUUCUUGAUGCACGUGAGAACAGCGGGCUGGAAGAGGUGCAUGCCGUCCACAAGGAUGUUCCCUACAACCGCAACGACGAGAGCACCUACGACGUCUAUGGGUUGCAUGAGCUGGAGGACAUCGUUAUCGACAACUCAAAGUACAUGCAGUGCAAGGUCUAUGUGAAGGAUGUGCGGACGAUCGAUGAGUCUUUGCUCAACAAUGGGGUGGUGGAUAUCGCGCUGAUCGAUGCCCCUGGUCUGAACUCGGAUUCCUUAAAGACGACGGCGGUCUUUGCCCGACAGGAGGAGAUUGAUGUGGUUGUGUUCGUGGUUUCCGCCGCUAAUCACUUUACUCUUUCUGCGAAGGAGUUCAUUCUCAAUGCUGCCCACGAGAAGGCUUACAUGUUCAUUGUUGUCAACGGUUUUGAUCAGAUUCGCGACAAGCAGCGGUGUGAGCGGAUGAUUUUGGACCAGAUCGGCAAGCUCAGCCCUCGCACCUACAAAGAGGCAGCUGAGCUGGUUCACUUCGUCUCUAGUAACGCCAUUCCCGUGGCACCUCCGGUCUCCGUUUCAAGUUCGGGCGGUGGUGGCGACGAUGGCUCUGACGAUGACGAGCCUGAGGAUAAAGGAAAGGGCAAGGACAAGGGCAAGCAGCGGCAGAAGAUCCAGGACUUUGAGAACCUUGAAGGUUCUCUGCGCCGGUUCGUUCUGGAGAAGCGCUCUCGCUCGAAGCUGGCGCCUGCUCGGACCUAUCUUCUGAAUCUGCUCGCGGAUCUGAAUUCCCUGGCUGGAGUCAAUCGUGAUGUAGCUCAGGCUGAACUUAAGCGUGUCACGGACGAGCUUGCUGAGCUGGAACCUGCUUAUGAAGAAGGCAAGAAGAAGAAGGUAGAACUUAGCGAUCAGGUUGAGAAGUACAUUGACGAGUCGUGCGAUGACGUUUACAAUCACACCCGGUCUAGCUUGGGUGAAACCAUUGCUCAUGUCUCCGAAGCCGACUUGGGUGUUGAGUACCCCGGUCUGUUCUCCGCUUUCCAGUACGCCGAGGACUUGAAAUUGGCUAUGCUGGAUCAGAUCGCCGCAUCUGUAGCGGACUGCGAGGACUAUGCGCGGGACAAGACGGUCAAGGGUGUUGGCUUCAUUCAAAACAUUGGUCUUUUGCACGUCGGAGAAGACAAGUUUGCGCCUUUGAACUUCCGCGCGGACAUGAUGUUCCGUCGUGGUCGUCGUCACACGCUCGCCAGACAGGUCGAUACCGAAGUAGAGAUUUGGGAUUUCUUCGAUAUCUCCGGUAUUUGGGAGCGGCAAGAGAAGAUGGCCGGGACGGGAAUGGCGAUGACUGCCGUGACUGUCCUCGGAGGCAGAGCCUUUGGUGGCAUCGGCUGGGUUGACAGCAUGUUCAGUGCUGUUCGGUUCUUGGGACCGAACAAUGUGCGCCGACUUUUCCUGCCUGGUGUUUUGGCAGUCGCUGCUUUGACCGCUGCUUGGAUGGUUUCUACGAUCCCUACUACCCUUCCCCCUCGUCUCUCCCGCAAGCUUGCAGCUACUCUCUCAGAGAUGGACUACGUCCACUCCAACGCUACGCGGAUCUCCUCCGAGGUCCGCCGCAUUCUGCGCCUGCCCGCCGGAAACCUCCAGACCAGCCUCGCGCAAGACAUCGAAGACCUCGGACGUCGCAAGCACGAAGUCAGCAAGACCAAGCAUGAAAGCGAGACCGCCAGCAAGUACUUCUCGAAUCUCUUCCGCGAGAGCGGCGAGAACCGCAGAUCCGUGGAGAGCAUUGACUUGGAUGCUCCUCUGCCUGGUGGUCUUGCGGCGGCUCAUUAAGUAUGUAUGGGGUAGUUUAGAGGUUUUGCAGGUGAUUUUCUUUCCUUGUACAAACCAUAAUGAUGCUGUACGAACUUUUUACUAUUCCCUUUUUGCUGUGUGUGGUGUGCUUCCGGCCUUAUGCCGCCUUCUUCCUCUACCCUCUUCUUCUUUCUAUCUCCAAAAUAUCCCGUCGUGUAUGAGUUACAGCUCUAUUCUUUUCUUCUUCCUACCUCUUUCUCUUCUGUCUUCUUCCCAGUAAUCAUGGCGUGAUUGGUGUGCUACGCAUAAGAG